CUUAUCACAGAUUCUUCUUCUUUUUCUUCUAUUUCUCCCUCCUUCUUGAUCAUCCCACAAAUUCCCAUCCAUCAUGUAAGUUUCGUUACUUGCAAGUUUUUUUUUUUCUCACUUUGCAAUUCGACGAAUCUUUUAUUAAGGUUUUGGGCUUUCGUUUGAAAAAUAGGGGUGAAGAUGAUAUAGUGGAGCUCUUUUGGAAGAUUGGCCAAGUCGUUCGAAGCAGCCAGACAGAGAUACCCUCUUCUGAUCCUACUCCCAUUCUCCGCGGCAGGGGAAGUAGAGGCGGAGAAGAAAAUGUUCCGCUUCCGCCUCCUCUGCCUCCACCGCAUCAUCAAAAUCUCUUCAUCCAGGAAGAUGAUAUGUCUUCUUGGAUUCAUCAUCAUCCUCUCCUUCAAGAUUAUUUAUGCUCUCAACUUUAUGCUUCCACUCCGGCUCCUCACCCGCAGAGUUCCGUCCCUCUGGCACCACCACAAUCCAGUGCUCCGUACGGUCAGAUUAUUAUCGCUCCAAGAAGGGAGGAGAAUGUUAUGAACUUCUUGAGGCUAAGAGGUAACAUAUUAACUGGCGGUAGCGUUGAAGCUGGACCGUGGAUUCCGGUGGGUUCGAGCGCGACCACGUCCUUAUCGGCCACUGAAUCCAAUCUAACACCAGCGACCGAGAGUCUACCAACUGUCACUGGCGGAGUGUUCCACACUUUUUCAGUUCCCAGUCGUGGUGGGAAGGAAAAGGCGGUGGCCAUUCAGACGGUUUGCGAGAUCGCCGGAACAUCAUCUUCAGGCGUUGAAACAGAGCCGGUCCGGAUACAACCAGCGACGGAGACUGAUAUUGCCGAUGGCAGGGAGCGAAAGGAGAGAGAAGAAACCAUCGCCGGAAUCCAGGGAACUGAAGAAGCUCGUGGUUCAACAUCUAGGAAGAGAUCACGAGCUGCAGAAAUGCAUAACCUCGCCGAAAGGAGAAGGAGAGAAAAGAUCAACGAGAAGAUGAAGACUCUGCAAGAACUCAUUCCUCGCUGCAACAAGUCUACUAAAGUUUCAACGCUGGAAGAUGUUAUAGAGUACGUGAAAUCUCUAGAGAUGCAAAUACAGAUGAUGUCAACGGGAUGUAGUACGAUGCCGAUGAUGUAUACAUCGAAUACGCAACAGUUCAUGCCCCACAUGGCCAUGGGGAUGAAUCAGACUCCUGCAUUCAUACCUUUCCCUAGGCAGGCUCAUAUGGCGGGUGUAGGUCCAUCAUAUCUACCACCGCACAACCCUUUUCCAAACAUUCAGACCUUUGACCCAUCCAGAGUUUGGUUACAAAGUCCGCAGCCUAAUCCGGUGCCGAACCAACCUCAGAUGAAUCCUUAUAGCCAGUUUGUAGGCCACCACCAGAUGCAACAACCUACUUUUCCUCCAUUGCAGAGUCAAACAACAUCACAGCUGAGCUUCGGCCAGGCAAGUAGUAGCAAGGAACCUGAUGAUCAGAACAACCAACCACAAGGUUAGAAAGAAUCAGGGGAUGACCUCAGGCUUUUCUUGAGUGAUGCGUUAAUGGUCAAGAUUUAGACAAAUACAUCUCUAUUGUGUCGUUGCAGGUUGAUGUUGUGCAGUUAAUAAAAAAAAAUCAGCUCGCUAAGCA